GAAGGGAAGAGGAGAGCGUGUAACACAGAGAGCGGAUCUCUCAAAAAAAUUUCAAGAAAUUAUAAAAAAAAAAUUAAUUUAUAAUUUAUAUAAGGGAAUUAUAAUCUUUUUUCCCAGGAAAAAAAAUGAAGAAAACUCGUUUGUAUACGUCUUUCUUCUGCGUCCUCUUCGUCGGCUUGACAUCGGCCUUCAAUAACCUAACGAGCUCCAUCUUCGAAGAAACCCUAUCUCCUCUCUUCGGAGACUCCAAUCUCGUUCGCUCUCCUGAUGAUCGUUCCGUUCGUCUCCUCCUCGAUCGAUACACGGGGUCGGGAUUCAUUUCGUCGAAUAUGUAUCAACACGGAUUUUUCAGCGCCAUGGUCAAGUUGCCCGCCGAUUAUCCAGCCGGCGUCGUUGUCGCCUUCUACACAUCGAACGGGGACGUGUUCGAGAAAACGCACGACGAACUGGACUUCGAGUUUCUGGGAAACAUAAAAGGAAAGCCAUGGAGGUUUCAGACAAAUCUGUACGGAAACGGAAGUACGUGGAGAGGCCGUGAAGAGAGAUACCGUCUUUGGUUCGAUCCUUCAAAAGAGUUCCACCGUUACAGCAUCCUCUGGACUUCUCACAAGAUCAUAUUCUGGGUGGACGACGUACCGAUCAGGGAAGUGGUGAGAAGCGAAGCCAUGGGAGGAGAAUACCCGCAAAAGCCGAUGGCGCUGUACGCCACGAUCUGGGACGCGUCUGAUUGGGCGACGUCCGGCGGCAAAUUCAAGGCGAAUUACAAAUAUGCCCCUUUCGUCGCCGAUUUCAAAUCCUUCUCCCUCCAUGGCUGCGCCGUCGAUCCGAUCCAGCAGCUCCCUGGCUCCGAUUCCGACCCCGACUGCGCCGAUUCCGACGAUCUCCUCCGAUCGAGCGAUUUCUCCACCAUCACGCCUCACCAGCGAUCCGCCAUGCGGAGAUUCCGCCAGCAUUACAUGUACUACUCUUACUGCUACGACUCUGUUAGGUAUCCGGAGCCGUUGCCGGAGUGCGUGAUCGAUCCGGCGGAGAGGGAUCGAUUCCGGGAGACCGGGAGGCUCACCAGCCGCGGAGGCCGGUGA